GUUUUCGCAGAUGGUCUGAGCAGGAAAUGUGGAGAGCUUCUCCACUUCCUCUGCCCUGUGUUUAGUCCGAUGUUAAGCAUCUUUUGCUCUCCACAUCAGUCGCGGUCUAUACUCGCGAACAAUUAACCGGACAAGAGUUUAAGUCAAUUUAGCGCGCCUUCCAGCAGCCCGUCAUCAAAAGCGAAGACGCACAGUCGUUCGACUUCAUUCUGAAGGGAUUUUCGAGACUUCUUCACGGUUCCAUCUAUGUUCUUUCUGUUAAUAUACUGUAGUUUCAUACCUGAAGGCAAAUAUGUUGGAAGCUGCGUUUGUGUUUAGCAUCGUCUGCAUGGCAUUGCCAGGAGUUUUGGGAAAUGUGUGGUCGGUGUCUUUCCCCAUCAAAGAGUCCUGCGUUUGGGCUGGAACGACAACUACGCUGCCAUGUAGGUACGAGUAUCCCAGCGGGUUCACGGUAACGAACGUGAUGUGGUUCCGUCUCACUGUUGACGGCAAGAGGGAGUUUGUUAUUCACACCGAUCAGAACCUGGUGAGCCCCACCUACAAGGGCAGGACUCGGUACACGGGUAGCUACAAGACGUGCAAUCUACAGAUCACUAAUAUCAGGAGCACCGACAGCGGGCUGUACCACUUCAGGUUUGAGACAGACCGCUGGCAAGGCAAAUGGACCUCAGCUGACGCAGCAACCCUUUCCAUUACAGAGCUUCAAGUAGAAGUCCAUCCAGCUAGAACUGAAAACAGGUUUGCGUCCGGAGAGACUGUUUAUCUGAGAUGCAUUGCGAGGGGAUGUACAGCGUCGGGGAAGACAUUUGCGCUCUACAGGAACGGAGUGAACUUGGGGCCGGCCAAUAACUGGUUCACAAUUUAUAAUUUUGACCAACAACACGCAGGCACGUUCACCUGCCGUAUUCUCCCCCAGCGGAUACAGUCCCCGGGCAUCACGCUGGGUGUUGGCCAUGCUCCGCGAUCGACGUCGGUCACGGUAAGCCCGCCGGGCGCGAUAAUGGCGGGCAGCUCCGUGACCCUCUCUUGCCGCAGCAGCGGCGAGCCUCCGGUGGAGAGCUAUGCCUGGUUCAGAGAUCGCCAGAGCGGCAGCCUGCCCGACAGCUUCAAGCCCCAGCUUUACCUGAGGAAGACGAGGCCCUCUGACUUUGGGCUGUACUACUGCGUAGCCAGGAACUCCCUGGGCUUCGAGAGGUCCAGCCCCGCCCUGCUCAACAUCACCUACGCGCCGACGGGGACCGAGGCGCUGGUCAGCCCCGGUGGUGACAUCACGGAGGGCUCGUCGGUGAACCUGACCUGCCGCAGCAGCGCCAACCCGCCGGUGGCGCGGUACGCCUGGCACCAGGUCUCCGGCGCCCGCUCCUGGGGCAGGGGGUCCCUGCAGAACCUCAGCUUCCCCAGCGUCCGAGCCCAUCACGCCGGCCGGUACUACUGCACCGCGUGGAGCCCCCUCGGGCAGGAGACCUCCGUCCCCGUCGGCCUGCCCGUGCUGUACGCCCCCAAGAACACUUCGGUGUCAGCGCGGCCGUCCAGCGAAAUCGACGCGGGCACCUCGGUCACCCUGACCUGCAGCAGCAACGCCAACCCCGCCGUGGAGAACUACACCUGGUUCAGGGUCGAUGAAGCUGAGGCGUGGGUAACCCGAUCGGGCCCCAGCUACACCAUCGCUGAGGUCAGCCCCGGGGAGGGGGGGCGCUACUACUGCCAGGCCCGUAACCGGAUCGGGGCACACAGCUCGCCCAUCCUCACCGUCCGGGUGCGAGGCAGGCUGAAAGUGAUCGCAUUGGCUUCUGCUGUGGGCGUGUCCGCCGGUCUCAUCACACUCACUGUGAUGGUCAUGAUAAGUAAGAACAUGCACAGGGUUGACACUGAGUCUGCUGAAGAAGACAAGCAGGUGGAGUUAAUACAACGGACAUCCUCGUCAUCAGGGGACACAAUGUUUCUUGAGACACUUCAAGAGACGUUUCAGGCGAGAUCCACAAAGAUGACAGACAUACCAGAGGAGCCGGAGGAUGUGUAUGAGAAUGUGCACGAGAAUGUGCAUCCCUGCAUCGUCCCCAUAAAGGAUGUGACUCAGAACCCAGAGGCAGACGGCCCUCUCAACUACAUCACAGUUCAUUUCUCCCAGAGGUUCAGCCACGAGCAAAUUCCUGCCACAAAAACACCAUCAGAUGGAGAAAAAGAGUCUAGGAACGCCUCUGAUGUCAUCUACACAGCUGUGGCCAGGCCCAGUCAUUUGUAGAGAUGCUGUAUGUGUGGGUCCUGCUCAGAUGAAUGACUUUGUGUCCCCUGCCUACAAUUCAUCCUGCUCAUCAGAUGCAUUGAAGGGCGUGGCAUUUUAAUUCAACUCACAUCUUCACAUGGACUUUCAGUUUUGACAUUCUGUUGUCCCAAUUCAAUACCUAGCUGCUAUUAAUAUACUUGGCCAUGAAAUAUAUGACUCGACUCACUUCACUAUUAACAGACUAAUUUAAUAAAUACUUUUGUUCAUAGAAAAUGUCUGAUUUUGGAGUUUCUCUUUUGCUGGUGGUUUAAAGUGAGAGGCGUAGAACUGAACUCCACUUAACAGGCUAUAUUAUGAGGUAGCGCUGAGAGGCAAGCACUGUGAAAAAUAUUUACAUUUCAAUGAUUUAUGGCCAGGUUAUAACGGUUGUAUGACAACAGGCGGUCUUUAAGUUGCAUGCUAUUUCCAUGUUAAAAAGCUGUAUGUAAAUAAAGCGGAGGAAGGUUUGCAUUCUUUCAUACCCCCUUCAUGAGAAAAGCUGGUUUAUGUUUAAUUCGCUCCCACACUGUGAUAGAAACAAACUUGUGCCAGAAAUAAAAUGGUGUUUGUGUUUAAAUAUAACUGUAAUAAUGACUGUUAUUUAACUACAGUGUCUAGUAUUGCUAUUUCAAAAUGCAAAAUGUAUGCAAUAUAGUUGACUGCGAGAACACGAAGAUCAUAAUGCAUUGUUCCAAAGUAAUAUUAAAUUACCCACAAUUACCAACUGUACGUUUCAAAGUUAUGAUGUGGCGCCUUAACAACUACAAAUCAGAACAUGCAGUGUAAUAGCAUGACAAUUAAUGCAGACUAAGAUUUGUAAAAGUAAACAGUGCAUGAUGUCAACAGGAACAAGAGAGGCCAAGAAAAAGGGGGGUGAGUGAGAAAGAGUGUAAAGGGUUGCCAGGCAACACACGGUAAGGACAGGUAAGGGCACCUGUUUGACGACUUGGGUGUUAUGAAAUGAGAGCCGCCUUUUUUUGUUGGCUGCAGCAUAAGCAGGUGAACCAGUUUUUAUGCAUUAAUAUGGGAACAAACAAAUUUCUGAGGAGUAAAAUGUAAAUGCAAAUCAAGAAAUUUAUGGCUAUGAACACUGUAAGCCAGAUGUUGGCUGGGAUAACUGAGCUACUUUGUUUUUUUCUAAUCAAGAGAACAUUAGAUAUCAUCCAAAAUCAUUUGUGUUUAAUAACCGAUUCCAGACGAGAGAUCUCUAGAACCUUCUUUGUGUAUCACUAUUCCCGUGUGAUUUAUAUUCUGGGUCCAGAAUGUCUGUUCAAUUUGACACAAACUUGUUCGUAAUGUUUUACAUGCGAAUGUUAAGUUAAACGUUAAGUUAA